AUGAAGUUUAUCGACCUGUGUGCUAGCCUCGCUGCCGUUGGCGCCGCUAGCGCCGCGCCGGCGCAAGAUGGCCCUCUCAACAAGCGGGCCGACUUUCAGUUUGUGGGAGUGAACGUUGCCGGCGGCGAGUUCGGUAUCGGGACCUACCCAGGCCAGCUGAACAAAGACUACGUCUGGCCCGACAAGGCCGCUCUGGACAAGCUCCAGGGCGAGGGCAUGAAUUCUUUCCGUGUGGCCUUCUCGAUGGAGCGAGCCGUUCCCGAUAAACUAGACGGCACGGUAAAUGAAACCUACUUUGCUGGGCUUGAGGAUUCCGUCAACUACAUUACCGGAAAGGGCGCCUACGCUAUCCUAGAUCCCCAUAACUUUGGGCGCUACUACGACAAGAUCAUCACCGAUACCGCCGGCUUCCAGACGUGGUGGAAGACGAUCGCUACCCGCUUCAAGGAUAAUAGCAAGGUUAUUUUCGAUACCAACAACGAGUACCAUGACAUGGAGAACAAGUUGGUGGUGGACCUCAACCAAGCGGCGGUAAACGGAAUCCGCGAUGCGGGCGCGACCAGCCAGUUCAUUUUCCUCGAGGCCAACGCCUGGAGCGGCGCAUGGGCGUUUGUUGAAUCCGGAUCGGCGGAAGCGAUGAAGAAUAUUGAGGACCCGUCCGACUCCACUGGGUCUAAGCUCUUCUACGAGCUUCACCAAUACCUAGACUCCGAUGGCUCCGGGACUUCGGAGACCUGCGUCAGCGCCAAUAUCGGUGUUGAGCGUCUCAACCUCGCGACUCCCUGGUUCAAGGCCAAUGGGAAGAAGGCCAUGCUCGGCGAGAUUGCCGGCGCAAGCAAUCCUACGUGCAUCGAGGCUCUAAAGAAUGCCCUUCAACACGUCUCCGACAAUAGCGAUGUCUGGGCUGGAUUCCUCCUCUGGAGCGCCGGCCCCUGGUGGGGUGACUACAUGUUCUCCAUGGAGCCUCCUAGCGGCGCCAUGUACACCGGCGUAUUCCCCAGCAUCAAGACCUUCUUCAACGCCUAG